AUGGGUAGAGGUCCAAAGAAGCACUUGAAGAGAUUAGCAGCACCAUCCCACUGGAUGUUGGACAAAUUGUCCGGUACUUACGCCCCAAGACCAUCUGCUGGUCCUCACAAAUUGAGAGAAUCUUUACCAUUGGUUAUUUUCUUAAGAAACAGACUUAAGUAUGCCUUAAACGGUAGAGAAGUCAAGGCUAUCUUGAUGCAAGAACACGUCAAGGUUGAUGGUAAGGUCAGAACCGAUGCUACUUUCCCAGCAGGUUUCAUGGAUGUCAUCACUUUAGAAGCUACCAACGAACACUUCAGAUUAAUCUACGAUGUCAAGGGUAGAUUCACUGUUCACAGAAUCACCGCUGAAGAAGCUUCUUACAAGUUAGCUAAGGUCAAGAAGGUCCAAUUAGGUAAGAGAGGUAUUCCAUACGUUGUCACCCACGAUGGUAGAACUAUCAGAUACCCAGAUCCAUUGAUCAGAGCCAACGAUUCCGUCAAGGUUGACUUAGCUACCGGUAAAAUCACCGACUUCAUCAGCUUCGACACUGGUAGAUUAGUUAUGGUUACUGGUGGUCGUAACAUGGGUAGAGUUGGUGUUAUCACCCACAGAGAAAAGCACGAAGGUGGUUUCGAUUUAGUCCACAUCAAGGAUUCCUUAGAAAACACUUUCGUCACCAGAUUGACUAACGUCUUUGUCGUCGGUACUGAAGCUGGUAAGCCAUACAUUUCUUUACCAAAGGGUAAGGGUAUUAAGUUAUCUAUCUCUGAAGAACGUGACAGAAGAAGAAACCAACAACUUAACUAA